CUUUUGCUUAGCAUUGAGCACCACGGCCGGUCAAAAUGAGCAGUGGUGCAAAUCAGAGGACUUUGUUCCAGAGUUGGGGCGCAUCCUUGUCUCAAAACAAGGUUGUUCAGCCCAAAACGACCGGCAAGAAAGCAGCCACUGGCCAGCGCAGAGCGACCCUAGGCGACCCCGUGGCUAAAGCACAGCCUCCGCCUCGCAGCUCUCUGUGGGGUGGAACUGGUCAGGGGUCAGCCAGCACAUCAGAGGUGAGGAUAGAGGAACCUGUGUCGGUCGAUAAUGAAGAGGAAGAUGAUGAUGACCUGAUGCUGGUCGCUGUAUAUGAAGCUGAAAAGACUCUGGAACUUGGUGCAAACUUUGUGCAAGAUAACAACCCCUUAGAAAUAGUGCACACCAGCCUCUCUCCCACUCCGUCAGGUGGACGGUGCUAUCCAGACUUCCCUGGCUUUGACAGCUCGUCAGCUAAGGUAUGGAUCUAUCCCACCAACUAUCCCAUCAGGGAAUAUCAGCUGAAGAUAUCAGAGACUGCCUUGUUCCAAAACACCCUGGUGUGUCUACCCACUGGUUUGGGAAAGACCUUUAUAGCCUCUGUGGUCAUGUACAACUUCUAUCGCUGGUACCCAUCAGGCAAGAUUGUAUUCAUGGCUCCCACCAAACCCCUUGUGGCACAACAGAUUGAGGCCUGUUAUAAAGUGAUGGGCAUCCCACAGACACACAUGGCCGAGCUGACAGGCAGCACAGCAGCGGGGCAGAGGCAGGAGCUGUGGAGGUCGAAGCGUGUCUUCUUCCUCACCCCUCAGGUGAUGGUGAACGACCUGUCCAGAGACACAUGCCCAGCCCUGCAGGUCAAGUGUGUGGUAAUCGAUGAGGCCCACAAGGCGCUGGGCAACCAUGCCUACUGUCAGGUGGUGAGACAGCUUGGCAGUCAGACGAGGCAGUUCCGCAUCUUGGCGCUCAGUGCCACUCCAGGUGGAGACACCAGGUCGGUGCAGCAAGUCAUCUCCAAUCUGUUGAUCUCCCACAUUGAGUUGCGUUCAGAUGAGAGCCCAGACAUCCAGGCGUAUUCCCACCAACGCAGCGUGGAAAAGGUGGUGGUUCCUCUUGGUGAGACCCUUGCUGCUCACCAGGCACGCUAUGUGCAGGUGCUGGAGAGGUUCAUGUCUCGUCUCGUCCAGAACCGGCUGUUGGCCAACAAGGACCUUCGGACCCUCACCAAAUACCAGCUCAUCCUGGCCAGGGAGCAGUUCCGCAAGAACCCAUCACCACACAUCAAGGGUCCACAGCAAGGGAUGUUGGAGGGCGACUUUGCCCUUUGCAUCAGUCUGUACCACGGCUACGAGCUGCUGCUGCAGAUGGGGCUCCGCUCACUCUUCUUUUACAUCCAGGGCAUCAUGGACGGAGCCAGAGAGAUGUCCAGGGCUAGGAAUGAGCUACAGAGGACUCCCAUCUUCAUGGACCUUUACAAGGAGAUGGAGGCAAUGUUCGUGAAGCCAUCUGCUGGUCCGGAUGAGCCUUUCAUUUACAGUCAUCCCAAACUGCACAAACUGGAGGAGGUGGUACUGCAGCACUUCAGACAAUGGGCUGAGAGCUCAGCAGAUAACAAUGGUAAUUUUUGUACUACCCAGGAAGUGAGCACACGUGUGAUGAUCUUCUCAUCAUUUCGUGAGAGCGUACAGGAGAUCGCGGCCAUGUUGAACCGCCAUACACCGCUGAUAAAGGUCAUGACGUUUAUGGGCCAAGCCUCAACAGGGAACAGGGUUAAAGGCUUCACCCAGAAGGAGCAGCUGGAGGUGAUGCAUCGGUUCCGCCAGGGAGGCUUCAACACGCUGGUAUCGACCUGUGUCGGGGAGGAGGGGCUGGAUAUCGGAGAGGUGGACCUCAUCGUUUGCUUCGACGCACAGAAGAGUCCCAUCCGCUUGGUGCAGAGAAUGGGCCGCACCGGACGAAAGCGGCAGGGACGAAUUGUCGUCAUCCUGGCUGAGGGACGGGAGGAGCGGACCUACAACCAGAGCCAGAGCAACAAAAGCAAGGUGUACAAGUCCAUCAUCGGUAGCAAGAACAGCUUCCAGAUGUACCCCAACAGUCCCCGCAUGCUGCCGGAGGGGGUGAACCCCACCCUCCAUAAGAUGCACAUCACAUGUGGCCAGUUUGACCACCAGGACAGCAGCAGGCGCUCCAGCAGAGGACGACGGUCCCUCGCUGAGGGACAGAGCUCUCUCAUCCACCCUCAGCAGCUGGGCCGGCAGCGUAGUGUAAAGUCAGAUGGGUUUCUGACCCCCACAGAGUUUUCCCUAUGGGCGUCCACCAUGAAACUGGAGGAAGAUGAGGCUCAUCCAACCCUGAGCCGAUCGCACUUCCUGUCCAUACCCGGUGACCUGCCACCUCAGGAGGUUUCCAACAGUGGCCAUCCGUCCAGAGAGCUGUCCCUGUGGGAGUGGAGACACUGGCAGAACCGAGCGUUGCCCACCUCCUCUGUGGACCAUUCCCUCCGCUGCCAGCACUUUGUCAGCGUGAUGGAGCUCAUAGACCGCAUGAGAGAGGAGAACGAGGGAGAAUGCAGUUAUGAAAAAGAGCUUCUUCCUUACCUCCACAUGAGGGAUGGGAAGAUGGAUAAAAGUGCUCACAGAAAGGGACAGAAGAGCAUGAAGACGUGCACCAAAACUACCACCAGCAAACCUAAACCCUCUCACCCUUCUUUGUCUGAUCUUAAAUGUGUGGAUGAGGAGGGAGAGAGGGAGAAUGCAAAAGGAGCUGGGUUAGACUCCCUGCUGACAAAACACAAAUCUCCUGUAGAAUGUGAUUUUGAGGCUCCUUUUGAUGACAUCAGCGAGCACACAGGACCUGAACCAAUUUGCCCCCUGCCCUCAAACAAUGAUCAGCCAAUCACUGACAUGGAUGACGACUGUGUCAUAGUAACUGAGGACAAUGAGAGUCCAAAGAUCCAGUCUCCCAGCAAGGAUAUUGUAAAAUUAGAGAAUACAGUCAGUGAUCCAUUAAAUUUACACCAUAUUUCACGGCUGAUGAGGAAAAUUGGUGAUAGUGAGCCUUGCCUAGACGAAGACAUUGAACUUCAGACCAUGUUCUACCUUCCUAAAUGGGAUUCUACCGCUUCCUCUGAUGGCACAUCGCCGCCAGGGAAACACAGAGCGGAGAGUCUGAAGGUCAUUCUGGCCGAUGUGGCAGAGCUCCUGUCCAGGUCUCCGCCAUCAGUCCCCUUUGACUUGGAGGGUUCACUGUACGAGUCACUUCCUCCCUCUCCUGGACGAUUGGAGGAGGACAAGGGGCCAUUCCAGGUCAACUUUGCCCUGGAUCUGCACGAUGACAACGACUUGAUGAGUGAAGAUUACAAUGCCUCGCCAAGGGCUGACUCUGAUGAAGUUCCAAUAGAUGUCAAGGACAAUCAUGAUUCACCUCAUCAGCAGCCGCCACAGCUUUUCUCCAACCGUUCACCAGCCGCCGCAGAACCUGCUGUUAACAGGGGCCAUGUAGCGGCCAACAGUCCAAGUUGGGAUGAGGUCUUUGGUGAUGAAGUAGUGUACGAUAAUCAUAUCAAGGAUGAUGGCAUCAACAAAGAGUUGGACAAUGAAAUUGACAAUGACUCAUUGAAGGAAUUAGUUGAUGGUGAUGCUGAGAAGUACAAAGGAAUGGAAAGUGAGCGCUCAAAUGAGGAGAAAGACCAUUUGGAUGAUGCCAGGAAUGAGGAAAUGGCUGACUUUGUGGCAGAUGAUGGUAUGGAUGAGGAAGGAAACUCUCACCCUCCUCACCUCCAUCACCCUCCUCUUCCUCAGCCUCCAGUCGAACAAGGGUGCAGGCCUAACCUGGAUGACAGCAUGGACUUGUUUGAGGAUGACGAAGCCUUCCUGCAGAUGACCAUCCCGGACAUUCCCACACCUGAAGACAGCUGCGUCGCAUCCAGUACAUCAUAUAGCACUGAGCACAAUGCUAACAACGUGAAAAAGACAUCAAGCACACUUGUUCCCAUGAGCACACUUAGCAGUACACACUUAAGUGACAGCAAACAUAGACUAAACACAACACACACUCUUGAGACAGCCGACUUGCACACCAAAUGCACACCCAAGGCUAUAAACACUACACACUGUCUGGAGAGAGAGCAUGAAAACACAAUAGAAACCAAUCAAGAUGCAUUGGAGACACAUGUAACAAAAGGUUCCAUGGCAGACAAGGUAGAUACACUCCAUCAUACAUCUCCCAUAAUGAAACAACGCUAUGAGUCAUUUGACAGCUCCCGUGACUUCUUCUCUGUCAACUUUGACCUUGGAUAUUCACUGGAGGACUCUGAAGAUGAAGUCGAAGAAGAGGCUGUUCCUGCCCCGUCUAUAACGACCUCUCCCACAGCAACAAAGCAGGAAGUGGCGGCUGCCUCCACAGCAUCUCUGCCAGCCAUCUCUGGCUCUUCCACUCCCUGUCACAGCUUCCACAGACAGAGAUUACAGUCCAGUGAAACCAAACUGUCUACACCGUUAACCCAGUCAGAGCGCAGGAGGAGUGAGGCUGCCUCUCUUCUGACUUCACCUUUGACCUCCAAGGGUGGGGCUCUGCCAUCUCCAAUCACGUCAUUGGGUGUGAGGCGGACACUCAUGCCUGGUCACUCAGGGAUUUGCCGCCCCUCUUCACUCUCCAGCUUGAAAAGGAGAUGGCCGGAGGGUCCCAACAACGAGGCCGAGAGCGGAGUCACACCCAGGCCGAAGGUGUUAGACGUGGAAGACAGUUCACAUCAGGAGUAUACUGGGCUUGACCCCCCUGCUGCUCCAGGAGAGUGUGACAGUGACAGUGAGGAUGAAGUUGUGGUUCAGAAAAGAAGACAUCAGACCAAGGCAAACCCUUUGUCUUCUCCAGAAGUGUCCAAGGUCUUCAGUGAUGUGGACUCCCCUCUCCUACUGAACAGGAAAAAUACAGCUGCGCUUAAUAUAUCUGAUGAAACAGAGAGGGAAGCUGUGUCUGACGACGACUUCCACAAUGACUCGGUGUUUGUACGCAGAGCCACAGUGCAUGAACCUGCGAGGCAGCACGUCCGCCAAGGAAAACCCAAGCCUGCCCUACGCCGAGGAGGCCGUCACUUCCUGGAUGAGGAAGCAGAGCUGUCAGAGGAGGAUGCAGGGGUGUCAUCUGAUGAAGAGGAUGGGGAAGAUCAGAACCAGUCUCUUGAGGGCUUUGUGGUGGACAACUCACAUUUUUCCCAGGGACUCAAUGACUCAGAUAUGCACGGGGUUUACCUGAAGUCAGUGAGAAGCCCUGCAGUCGCUGGCAAGUUCAAAAUGGUUUACAGAAAACAGCACGACAUGGACAUCUUCUCCCAGGUGCCUGAGAUGGAUGAAACAUAUGCAGAGGACAGCUUUGUGGUGGGCAGUGAGGUGGAGGAGAUGGAGAGCAGCGAGGAAGAGGCCGAAGAUGAUGUCAUGGAACUAAUCCCUGAAGACUCGUACGUGGACGGGAAGAAGCAGUACACCACUAGACGCAGAGCUCUUCUGCGCAAAAACAGGGCACAAGUGGGAGCUGUGACAGAGCAGAGAGCUCCCCAAACUAAAGCUGGGGUCAAAACCAAACGCUCCCGAAUCAUACGCAUAAAUGAUUCCAGCGAGGAGGAGACAGAGCAAGUUGUUAAGGAGAGCAGGGUGAUGCCUAAUGGGGAUGUUGCCGCCCCCCUCAGGCCAAAGGCAGUACAGCAGGAUUUGGCAACCAGCAAGCCCACACUGCAGCAGAAAGCUCCCUCCUCAUGUCCAACCAUAGCAGCCAAGGUCUCACUGCUGAGUAGGGCUCAGAGAGGAUCAGUAGAUGAAGAUGAGAAAAAUGAGAGGUGUCACCAGAGACUGCAAAACCAGGCUCUGCUGUCUGAUGAGCUGGACUUUCAGGAGUCAGAAUCCCUUUUAGAUUCCAGGAAACCACCACAGGCAUCCACCUCCACCUCCGACUCAACGCACCAGCCUCAGAAGCCCAUCGGUCCAGCUUUGUCCACAGGCGAGUCCCCCGCUCCAUCUGGCCUUGUUUCUGUUUUGGUGGACAGUCGCUGUAUCAGCGGUGGAGCGGAGCUGGUGUCCAGCCUGCGUCAGCGCCACGCGGCUACCGUCCACAUCUGCUCAUUGGAUGGUAACUACUUCAUUGUCAGCAGCCGCAUGGCCGUGGAGAGGCACAGCCAGUCAGACCUGGCCGCCAUGCAGAAUCGUAAGCGAUUGGCCGAGCGGGUGAACAGCCUGCAGGGCUUGUUUGAGCGUGUCUGCCUGGUGGUGGAGAAGGACCGCACCAAGCCAGGUGAGGCAUCCCGUCCGUUCCAGCGAACACGCUACUACGACAGCAUGGUGGCCGCGCUGGUGCGUACAGGGGUUCGUCUGCUGUGGAGCAACGGCCCCGAGGAGAGCGCCGGCCUGCUGGCAGACCUGGCGCGGCUGGAGCAGCGGAAAGGUCAUGGCAUCGCUGUGCCGCUGGAGGUCAAAGGGCAGCACAGGCAGCAGGCUCUGCAGUUCUACUUGAGCUUGCCCUCAGUCAACUAUGUCCACGCCCUCAACAUGAUCCACAACUUCAGGUCAAUCGCUCAUCUCAUCAACAGCUCCAUUGAAGCCAUACAGAAGGGAGGCUGUAUGAGUCGCUCCAGAGCUGAGGAGAUCUACCGCUGCCUGCGCUACUCCUGUGACUCCUUCCUCAUAAACACAGUCACAGCAACAAAGAACAGCUAGCAGCACUGAAGAACAGACACUGUGGGAGCUCUGCAAGACUAAACUCUGUUUCUCUCAUGCACUGGUUGUGUCAUUUACUCCCUCCCUUAUUCCAGUCUCUUCAUCAGUGUACCUUUACUUUCUCAUGCAUGUGUUUCUCUGCCCACCAUUUUCAGUCCUCAGUCUCAUCUCACUGGCCUGGUUGGGACGAAAAGACACCAGUUUCUGUUAUGCUACCAAAUGAAAAAGGCUGAGCCUCCGUACAAUGGCUUAACUUUUCUUGCACAAUAAGUUAAAGGGGAACUGCACUCACAAUAAUGUGCCUAUUUAACAUGGCAUUUGCUUUAUGUUGUAUUUUGUAACAUGCAGGAGAGUGCAGGUUUUCCCUUAAGACUUGAAAAUGGCACUAAUCCUGUCAGAUGGAAUUGAGGUAAUAUUGUGAUUUGUUAAAAAAUCCUUGGAAGAAAUCAAUCAAUAUUUGAUUGGCACUUGAAUAACCUAGUGUUUUUUGUUAAAAUGAUGGAUUCAUAUGUUUACAAUACUAUUUGUAAAAUUCUUCAAAUUUCUUAAAUAAAGCAACACUAUUUUUCUA